AUUUAACAAAACACCGGAUAGGCAGAAAGUUGUUUACAAAUGGCGGCAUUACAAGGAUACCCGAAAUGGCUGUUAGAUAGUAAAGAAAAUAUAUCUGGAACUGUUGAAUGGAAGGCAUUUUUGAAAGAGUUACAUGAUGCCAUUCAACAGCAACUUACAGAGAGCCAUGUUCAAUAUUUCACAGACCUCUCGGAGGCUGAAAAAGAAUUGUUUAUGCAAAGAGCUACCAAAGCUAUUGAUGGAGGAUCAACUUAUUCUAACUUGUACAAAAAAGUAUCAGUUCUGCUGGAUCAGAACUUGAAUGAGGAGACAUCAAGACAAUUACUGGAAGAACAUCCUAUAGGAACAAAAUCUGUACCCUUCUGGCAAAUGUGGAAAUACAAUGUUAGCUUUCAGCCAUAUUCCAAUCUCAGAUUACUCUACCAUUUUGAUGCUGGAGUGUUCUAUGCUAUGAAGGCUGUUUUGUCAUACUACCAUGCUUCUAUGAGAACCAAAACAAGGCUACGUGAUGUUGAUCACAUGCUCAUUGUUCCAUUUAUAACUGUGUCUGCACCAAAUGUACCCAGAAAAGAGCCGCCUACAAGCAGGACGGUCGCCCUUCUGGUUGAGGAAUUCCUCACAUUUCAAGAUACUAGGCCUGGAUUUGUGGUUGAUUCCGGUUCAGAUACCCAUGAAGAAGAGAUGAGAGGGUUUGUAGAUAAAGUUGCCAAACUCUUACAACAGUUCUACCCAGAAACACCUAAAGUGAUAGCUGAAAAAUAUGUUCCCUCAAAAGAUAAGAUAGUGGCAACAGAAGCUGGCAGUUAUGCUGUAUUAAAAGAUGGACUCACUAUACUUAUCAGACCUCUGAUCAGAUCUAUGUUUGUUGGUUAUUUAAGAAUGGACACACUGCUGUUUGUAUGGGAUCAGUAUAUGAUAGGGUUAGAUAGCCCUGGGUUUAAUGUAGAACUACUGGCUAUUAUAACUGCCAUUAUACUAGGCCUUCUUAAAGACAAGUUCAAAGAAUGCCAAACAAGUGUUCAGCUUGAGACGAUGUUGAGGAAUGAAGGACCUAAAUUAACCAUAGCUCAGUUCCAAUAUGAAAUAAAGAAGAACCAUUAUCAGGAGCUUUAUGCAAUGUUACAAAAAGAUUUCAAGUCAGCCAUGCCUGUCCUAGAUCCAACACAAGCUAUUCAUCCACCAUGGAGACACUGGUACAAUGACCUGAUACCUCCAUACACACAACCACAUGACAGGAAGACGGCCAGGGAGGAACGCGAGGCCGAGAGGGAAAGACUCGGACAACAACAACGAGAUGCGGCCCUUCUCCGCAGAGAGCACGAACAAACUCAAAGAAAUGAAACUGGUGCACAAAAAAAGGAAGACUUGGAGUACAUGAAGUUAGCUGCAGCUGACAGACAGAGAAUGGAGCUAGAAAAAGCCAGACUGGAGGACCAACUUGCUGAUGAGCGUCGUCAAAGAGAGGAAGGUGAACGAAGGGCAAAGGAGGAAAUAGAACAGUUAAAGCUACAGAUGGCGAUGAUGUCAUCGAGACGGCAGCCAUCCAGACCCCCGUCCACAUACAGUGUCAGCUCUUACAUAAGUCGUGUUUUGGUACCACCUCCACCGUCAGUGGCGUCACAAACCACCAUGCAUACCCCUGUGCCAGUUCCUGCGCGAACACCAACGCCCGCCCAGUCACCAACAGAUCAGUUUAAUCACGCUAUGAGAGAUUUCCUCAAGAAAAUUGCUGAUGCACAAAAUAAAAUUGCCCAUGCUGAAGGCCCAGACAAGGAGAUACUGGAUAAGAAGACAGAGGGAUACCUACAUCAAAAUAUCAGGGAUAUUAAACAAGCUCAGAUUGAGUUAUUUGGUCGUAAGUUCGAGCCAGGUGAGUUUGAUCGUAUGCCGCCAGCGGAGCAGCAAGACAAAAGUGACAAAAUGAUGAGUACCAUACAGAAAUGGCGAGAGGAAAGACGUGCCAAAGAACUUAAACAGGGCAUAAGAUAAUGCGUGAUAUAUAAUUAGUGCACACCAGUGAUAUGGUGUUCUCUAAAAUACACAGACAUUUCACUUCAAGACUUUAAGAAUGUUAUCACCAAUCACUAUAUAUGGAGACUACACAUUGAAAACAUUUGUUUAAAAUCUGCAUGAAUCAAAAAGACUGAUUUUUUAUAUAGUAAAGUCUAUCAUUUUUGUCCUCCAUCAUUUAGUAAAUAUUUUAUGCUUCCGAAAAAGUAAGUAUUGACCAUUGAUAAAAAUAUAUUUAAAAGUACAUGUAGUAUUAAAAGAAUUGAGAUGAUGCUGAAUUAAACCAUUGGUUACUGAAAAAUGUAGCUCAUCCCAGCCCCUUUAUUGCUAAAUAGUGGGAAAUUUGAAUUUUAGAUUGUUUAACUCCUUGUAUAGGACAUACCUUGUGAAAACAUUAACAUUGUUUGGUCUCUUGGUGCUGCACAUUUGAUACACAGAAGUUGUUUUGAAAAACAGUCUUUCCUAUACAGCAAUGUUUAAUGGGUAGAAAGCUAUACCUCAGAACAAGACAGCAUUCAGUUUUCUAUCUCAAUAAAAGUAUAUGUAAUUAUUCCCUAGAUUACAGGCAGUCCAACAUAUAUCUUUUACCCUUUAAACAAAGCCAAGCUUUAUCAUUUUUUUUUCACAUAUUUUGUCUUUUGAUUGUUUAACUACAUGUACUAUGUAAUGCCAAAACUUGUAAAAUUUUAUAGAAUGCCUACUUGGUUAUUUAUUUAAAAUGUUAUUUUUGUAUUUGUUUAUUUAUUUUCAUAUUUUAGAAAUAUUAAUAUCUGUGAUAUGGCUUUGUUAUUGUCACCUCACCUGGUUUACCAGCAAGACAGUCGGUUGGCAUUCAUCUGUCUGUCUGCCUAGGCAAACAAGAAAACAUUGGUUACAAUAAAUUCUAUCAUUUUA